UACCCUUAGUCACGGUUGCACAGCCAAUCCCUUUCAGCUGAUAACUAAGGAGUUCACUGCUCAGCGUUCAAUUAACUCUGGGCAACGGAAGAGUGUAGCUGGUCCAUUGGUGCGGUUGUGGAAUUGAGAUGACAGUCGGCCAGCUUUCAGGAAGGAGGAGGAGGAGAAGAAAGGAUCCCUCCCCCAUGCCUGUUUCUCCAGGCUACACCCAACUGGAGCAGAAUGAUCCGUCUAUGAACCCCCUGCGCAUCUCAGUCGGAGGACUUCCCAUGUUGGCCUCCAUGACCAACACCCCAGACCCCCGAUUCCGCCUCAAUUUGAAGGCCAUCGUAGCCCUGGUCCUGGCCAUUGCCCUGGUCCUCCUCUACAUGCACCUGAACCCGGGCUCCUACUCCAAGGUCCCCAGCUCCCGUAACUGGAAGUCUGGCCACACGGGGAUGGCGAUGGACGAGGUGGCCGACCGCUACAAUGACACUUACCCGCUCAGCACCCCCGAGCGGACGCCGCAGGGCACGCGCUACCGCAUCGGGGUCAUUGCCGACCUGGACACAGACUCACGCAGCGACAAGAAGCUGACAUGGUUCAGCUACAUGCGCCGGGGCCACCUGCUGGUGUCGGAGAGUGGCACCAAGGUGGCCGUGGAAUGGGACGCGGAGAGGGUCCUGCUGGAGAGCCACCUGGCGGAGAAGGGCCGGGGCAUGGAGCUGUCAGAGCUGGUGGUGUUCAACGGGAAGCUGUACAGCGUGGAUGACCGAACGGGCGUGGUCUACCACAUCGACGGCAGCAAGGCUGUGCCCUGGGUCAUCCUGCCUGAUGGGGACGGCUCCGUCUCCAAAGGGUUCAAAGCGGAGUGGCUAGCAGUAAAGGACGAGCACUUGUACGUGGGUGGCCUGGGGAAAGAGUGGACAACCACCACGGGGGAGGUGGUCAACAACAACCCUGAGUGGGUAAAGGUGGUGGGCCAUCGGGACGUGCAGCACCAGAACUGGGUCCCCAAGUACAACCUCCUGAGGUCCGCAGCUGGGAUCGAACCUCCAGGUUACCUGAUCCACGAGUCGGCCACGUGGAGCGACAGCCUGCAGCGCUGGUUCUUCCUCCCACGCCGCGCUAGCAAAGAGCGCUACGACGAGACGGCUGACGAGCGUCGUGCUGCCAACCUCGUCCUCAGCUGCUCGCCGGACUUCAAGGACGUCACCGUGAACCGGGUGGGCCCGCAUAACCCCACACACGGCUUCUCCUCCUUCAAGUUUGUCCCCAACACGGACGAUCAUAUCAUCGUGGCUCUCAAGUCGGAGGAGGACGCUGGGAAAAUCGCCUCGUACAUAAUGGCAUUCACACUGGACGGCCAGAUCCUGUUACCUGAAACCAAGAUAGGAGACGUGAAGUAUGAGGGUCUGGAGUUCAUAUAGGAAACAAGGACAUAUAGUAGCUAUGUGGAACAUAGUUGUUGACAUUCCAUGCACUCAAAAGUUAACUUGCUGCUUGUUAAUUGACUGUGAAGACGACACGCAGCCCAAUCGAUCAAUCACGGAUCAGAAGCCAUUUUGGUGUGACCUGAGGUAAGCAUCAAAUGGAAGAAAACAGACUGAAACAGGGAGGGGCUACCUGUCAUUUUUUCAUUUUAUGUUGCAAAACAUUUAAAAUAAUAAUUUAGUCGCAUUCCCUAAUGAACUCAACUCAAGGUUUCAGGGCCAAGACAUUCUGUUCAGUAAAUGGGAGCCUAGAGUAGCCUAGGCUACCUAAACAAAGUCCUCUAGUUGAGGAUGUCCUCUUGAUGGCCAUCCUCUUCCUAGGCCAACGGCUGUCUUGUCAAGUAAUGUAGACUUUUUCAGAAUGUCUUAAACUGUGAUUUAACUCAUAAAAUGCAGAUACUGUACAUCCAGGAACUAAUGGAUUUGUUGUAUUUUCCCCCCAGUGUAUAUCACAGUUUCGUCUUAGAAAAAGAAAAAAAAAUCAUAUACUUCAGGACACUAUACCCUACGUCAGGGAUCAUCAACUAGUUCAGCGGUGGGAUGAUUUUGUUCUUGAGCGGAUGGUCGGUGGGCCGGAACAGAAUUACAAAUCAUUUGUAGACUGGAAAUUGACCACAUGAAGCCCAAACAGAUAUAUUUGACUAAAACGUGAUCAUUUCAAACCGUGCUUACAUUUGUAUAUGAUCACGUGUCUCUCUAUUGUGCAGGGGAAUACCUGGGAACAGAUUUCCACAAUGAAAAUCACUUGGAGAUGAUUUGCUGGUGUUUUUAGUCUUUUAUGUCCAACAAUGAAAAUACAAAAAAUAAAAACCUGCUUCAUGUGA